GUCGACAACUUUCUUGUGAAUAUGUCUGAACUUGCUUUCGAGCUUGGAGGCGCAAGUUCGGAUUCUCACAUUGUAGCGGUGCAUCCUUAAUCGAACAGAGGGCAAGACUAUCUCUCGAUAUAAUUUUAUCUACAGGAAACGAUUUGUGGAAAUUCGUGCAUUGCGCUUCUUCUACAUGCGUGAUAUAGAGCAAUGGUGACUGGUGAACCGGAAGAAAACAACAACUGAACCAUUAAUUUCUUGAGAUACUUUUAUGAUUAACAUCUGGCAAUAAGAUGGAAAGAUUGACACCCAUUGUUAUAAGCCUGCUAUUAAGCGAUCUUCAUGAAUGACGUCAUGGGCUGUAUGAAACACAUCCCAGUGUUAAUAUCUCUAUCCAAUCGACCAUAUAUAACAACAAUAUAAAUUCUAAUUAUUGUCACCAUGACACAUCACUCGCACUGCAUUAUUAUCUUGAAAGAGCUACAGCUCAGAAUGAAAUUGAUGAGAUAAUAAUUACCUUCUUAUACGGACAAUAUUUCUCUGAGAUAUUCGAUAUUUCAUGCACCUCUUGCCUUUUCUUUCAUAGAACGGAGUUAAAUUUCUUUUUCUACUGAAUGUUUGGCUACAGCUUCUGGAAGUUUAGAGCGUCUCGUCUUUACUUCAGCUCCGCGGCACAAAAUAUUGGAUUAUCUAUAUUUUGAUGGUGGUUUUAUCAUAUAGGAGUGGAUGUGAUCAACCCAAAGGGCGGUGCUUCCCCCAUGCAAUUCGACAGAUGUAACAAAUAAUUAAUCUUUAAGGAGUUUCCAAGAAUGAUUUACUGAGUAUAAUCAUGAAUGUUCAUUCAUUCAUAAAAUAACUUGAAUAAGCAAUAACGAACAUGACGAAUAAUGUGGAACAUUCAUAACGUACGUUGAGUGAAAAUAAUUGCCUUGCAUCUUUACGAAAAUUUGGGCCAAAUAUUUUGGUAAAUUGAAAUCUGAUAUCAGGAUCAAUCAUUUUCGUGGCUUCAUUUUGAAAGUUGCUAUCUUCUGAUUGAGAGUUAUAUUCUUGAGGAUAUCGUCAUGUGUGAGACGGCGAACUGUACCGAGGCAGAUGAACCCAUAGUGUACCAGAACUACUCGGAGAGAAUCAUCUACGCCACGGUCACCGGCUUGAUCUCCAUCUCUGGUGCCUUCGGGAACACUUUGGUCAUACUUGCGGUGUUCAUCAGCAAGAAACUUCGGAACAAAACCAACACCUUCGUCGUCAACCUUGCCAUCGCAGACUUGAUAAGCUGCCUGAACCUUCCCUGGACAGCCCUGGCACUGCUCUGUGAGGACGAGUGGCCUUUGCCAGACUGGAUCUGCAUGUGGGAAGGUAUGAUCCUGAUGGUCAGCACCGGUUGUAGUCUGUACACCCUUGGUGGCAUCGCACUAAGCCGGGCUUGCCUGAUUACAUUGCCGAACCAUCGCUACCAUGAGAUCCUGACCCCCAAAACUCUCUUUGGCCUCAUUACGAUUUUCUGGUUGAUACCAGUGACGACAUCCAUAGUUCCGUACAUCGUUUCAGACAGCUUCUUCGGCUUCAAUGAGCGGUACAGCAUGUGCAUCUGGAACACUACGCAUCCAUUUUCACCCUAUUACAACUUGAUUCUUGCCAUAACCUUCUAUCCCGUCCCACUCUUUAUCAUCUUCUUUAGCUAUUUCCGCAUCUGGCGCCAUGUUCGUACUAAUUCUCGUCGCAUGGCCCGGGUCACCACCAGGAUCGUCACGGUCUCUGGGCAGUUGGGCGGCCUUGCCAGGAAGAGCACAUUCAGCAAGAGGCAGAUGUCUGUCACGAAGAACCUCUUCAUCAUCAUCGUUGUCUUUCUCAUCUUGAUAUCACCCUACAGCAUCCAGUUGGUCAUACCAGGAGGCGAGAGAUUGGUCCCUGCCUUCGGGAUGAUCUUCCUGUUCAACUCCUGCGUUAAUCCGUUCAUUUACGGAACACGCCACCCAGACUUUAAGGUUGCCUUCAGAAGCAUCUUGCGAUGUCCCGUGAGGUCAAACCAGCUGAUGGAUUCGACAACUUCGGCCGGUUUGCGUGUUCAACCUUUGAUUAGGAGGCCAGCGCAAAGAGAUACUGAAUUCAUUGCUCCGAAUUCGACAAGCUCUUCAGAAUCAUAGUAAUGAUGUUCAGCGGCCUCAAUGCAGGCGAUAUUGGAGACACGAAUUGCUAUGUCAGACAAAUCAGAACAUAACAUUGACGAUGAAUAAUUAGUGGCAACUGCGUUAAACUGUGUUUAUUCACCCCACCCCAAUUGUCAUUCCGAUAAUUUUUGAAACGUACAAAUCUGGAAUGAACCUAGACGCUAAGAAUUGAAUUUUGUAGUUCUCGUGAGUUUUGCAAAAAGAUGAACCUCUUGGUCACAGAAUAGGCAACAGAUUGAGGGAUCUGGCGAAUGCACGAGUCCUAUGCUGUUGGUACAAUAUUAAUGAAGGUGAAGAAUGUAUAGGCCGUUUUAUUGUAGAUCAUAUUUUGAUAUUUUCUAUAUAUACCUAUCUGAGUUUCCAAAUUCCCCGCAAAAUGCAGAUAUAGAUAAUUUAGGAAAUAAUUAUAUUUGAUGUUUCCUUUCUUGUGCAAUAGUAGGCUUAUUUAUGUGUUAUGAAUGUGUUAUUUGAUGAUUGGUGGAAACAAAUUGAAUGUUACAAAAGUCGAAUUAUAUCAUGCGAGCCGCAAUUACCACUAUUCUGUGUUAGUUACAAUGACUUUUGGUUGUGAAAUUGUAAGAGUAGAUUAUCAGUGAUUUCUUUCAUUUUCAGUCUGGUCUAGUCCUUUGAAUGGUAUUUAGUAUGUAGAAUUAUUAUUUUUAACAAUUCAAUCCUACAGAAGUGAAGUGAUAAUAUGUUUACUGAAAUAAUUGGGGUUCAAGCCCCCACCGCCCCCGGUUCCACGAACCCUGAAUGAACUUGUAACAUUAUGGUUCCGAAAUCUUUUUUUAUCAAGGAACUUUUUUAAAUGAAUUAUUAAAAUAUUUAUAGAAAGAGCGCUCAAUAUCCUUAAAAGUAAUGUUUUAUGUCACAAAAAAUCAGAAAAUGAAAACAGAAGCCAUUGAAAACAAAAUGUUAUUGAAUCUUCUCCUUUCUCAAUGGUUGUGAUUGUUUAGUAAAAAUUUAAGCUGAUUCUCUUUAAAUUAUAACUUGUAACAUUAUGGUUCCAUAAAUAUUUUUUAUCAAGGAACUUGUGAAAAUGAAUUAUUAAAAUAUUUAUAGAAAGAGCGCUCAAUAUCAGUCAUAAAGAAUCAGAAAAUGAGUACAGAAGCAAUUGCAAACAAAAUUCUAUUGAAUCUUCUCCAUUCUCAAUGGUUGUGAUUGUUUAGUACGAAGCUGAUUCUCUUUAAAUUAUUAAAGUAAGAUUUCAUA